AUGUACGCGCCGCCAGCCUGGACGCCGCUCCCCUUCUGCUCGAUGUUCAACUGCCCGUACGCAGGCGAGUUCCUCUUCAACGGGCGCAACGUGUGCGGCGCGCACCUGCAGCAGCUCUCGCAACCUCCAGCACCGCCAGCUCCACCCCUCCCACCGCCGGAAAGCCGCCCACAACUUCAGGCGGAGAAGAGCGACACGUGCGCCUUCCGUGGCUGCAAGAAGAGCGGCCUGUGCGCGCAUGGCCGCGACUAUUUCUGCCGGGAGCACUUCACGCGGCUGCUAGUGCUUGACGCACACGUGGCCGGCCAGAGGCUCCCGCCGCGCACGAGGGUCAACAACGGCGGACGCCUGUCGGGCGGCCUCAAAGUGUGCAAAGACCACUCGCUGCUGCUGCUCCACAAGGAGCGAUUCGUGGACAAACGCAACGCUCAGGACUACGCGCUGCACUCCGCGGCGAGUCAGACGCGGGUCUGCAGCUAUGUGGGCUGCUCCAGCACGAGCGUGGCGCAGAAAUACCACGGCGUCUUCUGCGCGCAGCACCUGCCGGUCAUCGGCGACAUCCGCAACCGCAUCAUGAUGGCCAAGUGCCACGGAGACGAAGCGAUCCAGAUCCCAUUGCGGUACAACGAGAUUUUCCUCCGGAAGUUCCUGGAUGAGGGACACGUUGUGUACUAUAAUGAGCUGGUCGCUAGGCACGGAUUCGUGUCACCCACAGUUCACGUGGGAAGUCGAGGGUUGCAGGGAAUCUCACACGGCCCGCACAUCCGGUGA